AUGACUGCAUUUGGAUUGAACUUAUUCCCCUUUGGCUAUGUCGGGUUCCUUGAACCUCAGUCUCCAUUGAUAACACACCCCCGGCUUACCAACCCCCGGAGACUGCCAUACGUCUAUGAACCUAUCGAGCUGGAUCGUUUCGACAUGAUCGACAUAUUAUCCACCAUCAACCUCGUCGGGUCCGAAUCGAUCGCGUCUGUGGCCCCUGUCGUGGCGCGCCAGCUCGUUCAUGACAACCAGCGCUAUCUCACGACCUGGGAUAAUUCGAUACGGCGAGCCGACAGGCUUGAGGUUUGGGACCGUAUUUACCCCGGCUACUUUCCUUACUGCUACACGGCUCAGUUCACCUGCCUCGUCCGUGUAUCGUGUGCGCAGAAUCUUGCCGCACUUGCACUCUCGUAUGCGGUUGCACGCAUCAUUGACGAGUCCGUCUUCAUGUGCGACCUUUUGGGUGUCGGCGAGUCGCUCUUUAAACCCGAGGCCGUCGGCUUUGCACAUUUCAUUCAGGGCACCGAGCACUACGCGCUGGUGCUCUUUGAUGGCACUGCAUGUCGCGCCUUCGAAGAUGUCGUCCGCUCGAGUCCCAGUGCCAUUGCCGGCUCAGACCUCGGAGAACUCGUCCGGUCCCAGCCAUCGCGCCUUGCCGCACAGUUCUGUGGCAAUGAUGAGCGCUACAACGAGAUUAUCGAUAUGUACAACUACCUCACAGCGCCGUUGUGGCCUCCCCGGUUGGAUGAGUAUCUUGACACGAGCGAUUCGGAGUCGGAGGACUAG